AUGACGACCACUCGUCUCCUCUUGGGCGAGGAGGUCACUUACGAAGAUGCCAAAACCCGGGAAACAAAUAUCCUUCAUCAUCUCACCUACCCAGACCGUUUUCAGCGUUUCUUAGCCUUCAUAUUCCGCCAUAAGAGUGUCAUUCAACAACGUGUUGCGCUUCAUUUGAAUCUCCGCUCCCCGUCCCAAUGUCAGAUCGUCGACUCCGAAGAAUGGAUGGAAGGAGCCUUCAACCUGUGCGUCCCCGUGAUAGUCAAUGGUUCAAAAUGUGCUUUGAUGCGGUUCCCAUUCCCUUAUCGAAUAGGGGACGGCACUUUUUGCUCUGGAAAUCGUGACGAAAAAUUCACCUCGACUGAACAACGCCCCGUUCAUGCUCGUCUCUUUCGCCUCCUCAAAUGUCGCUUCUUGUCCUGGCUCGGCCUUCCUGUCCCUUCGGAUCUCGUCCCACAUCAUAAUGGUAAUUGGAAGGGAAUGGGACCAUACCUUUUGAUUGAAUAUAUCGACGAGACCAGAGGGCAGAGGUUAUCCGACACUUGGGAAACAGGCCGGGUGAAUCCUCGACUUCGAAAACACCUGUUUCGUGGAAUUGCCCAGACCAUGUUAAGGAUGGCCCGAGUCCCCUUUCCCCGUAUCGGGUCCCUGAUAAUUGACGAUGAUGGUUUUCUUCGCCUAGCAAAUCGUCCUCUCACAUCCGAGCUUCAAGAUCUAGAGAGCGAGGGCAUCCCGCUGGAUAUUCCCAGGAAUCGCACUUACGAUACAGUUGGUGCAUACAUCGAUGACCUUCUCCAUUGUCAUGAUAGUCGAUUGCGGCACCAACCAAACUCGGUGUUUGAGCUUGGUGAUGCUGUCUCUCAAAUGGCUGCCCAUACCACGCUGAGGACAGUGCGAGCAGACUUCUUUCGGCGGGAUCUAAACGAAGGGCCGUUCACCAUGCAGCUAACAGACAUGAAUCGCCACAACAUAAUCGUUGACCGUGAUUGGAACCUCACGUGUCACAUUGACCUCGAAUGGACAGCUAUACUUCCACAGGAGUUUAUGCAGCCACCACUUUGGCUUACAAACCAGGCUGUGGAUACCCUGGACGUCGAUACAUACAACAAACCUCGAGAAGAAUUCAUGCAAGCUAUGGAAGAAGAGGAGAAAAAUAGUCUGGAACUACAACGCGUUGACAAAGAUGCCCUUCAGCUCUCUUCCAUCAUGAAUGCGAGCUGGGACCGUGGCACAUUUUGGUAUGUGCUUGCAAUGCAAAGCGCGACAGGUCUUCAUCCGAUAUUUUACGAUAGAAUCCAACCACUCUCUCCUCGUCUACACCGUGAGAAUGACCAAUUUUGCUUAAUUACGUUUGCAUACUGGGCAAGGCAGAGUCAUAAUUUCAUGGACGAAAAGGUCAAUCAAAAGGAAGAGUAUGACCGAAAGCUGCUUGAAGCUUUCCAAACAUGA